CUUUCGGUUAUCUUUUCUUAAAUGCCGGAAAACAUGAGCAUAUCUGUUAAUGGACAGUCUAAAGUCCCACCCGGGUUCCGAUUUCAUCCGACGGAAGAGGAGCUCUUGCAGUACUAUCUCCGGAAGAAAGUUUCAUUCGAGAAGAUCGAUUUGGAUGUCAUUCGUGAUGUUGAUCUUAACAAGCUCGAGCCUUGGGAUAUUCAAGAGAGGUGCAAGAUUGGAACCACUCCUCAGAACGAUUGGUACUUUUUUAGCCACAAAGACAAGAAGUACCCCACCCGGACUCGCACGAACCGUGCCACGGCUGCCGGAUUCUGGAAAGCGACCGGUCGCGACAAGGUCAUAUAUAGCAACUACCGGCCGAUCGGGAUGAGGAAGACUUUGGUGUUUUACAAAGGUCGGGCACCUCAUGGUCAAAAAUCUUAUUGGAUCAUGCACGAAUACAGACUAGACGAUAACAUGGUUGAAACCAACAUCUCCAAUGCCAUGGGGGAGGGGAACCAAGAAGAGGGAUGGGUGGUUUGUCGUAUCUUCAAGAAGAAAAAUCACCACAAAACCCUAGAAAACCCUAUAAGCUCCUCCUUGGGUGAAAAAACCAGGACCCAUAUGUUCAUCACAAGUACCAGCAAUGAAGGAGCAUUGGAGCAUAUACUUGAAUACAUGGGAAGGACUUGCAAGGACGACGGAGAAGCAAACAAUGGUACCGCCUCGAGAUUCCUCUGGCAGCCCAUGGAGAUCGCCAUCGACAACAAUGGCGCCUACUACCCUGACUCGUUCACGAAGCUCCCGAGCCUAGACAGCCCGAACUCAACCAGCAGCCAAAACUGUUACCAACCCAUGAUAACGGAAAACGAAGGAUCAAUCCUCAACCAGGUGAGUGGCGGCGAUCUCAACUCGGUAUAUCAUCACAAUGAUUCGGCGGCGCUCACCAACUGGGCUGCAUUCGACCGGAUUGUAGCUUCUCAUCUCAACGGUGGGCAAACAGAGACAUCAACACAAUUAGCCUGCUUAAAUGACCAACCAAUGGCAACCUACUGCAACACCAGUACCACUGAUAAUGAUCUUCAAUUGCCAACCGUUGGAUUAUCAUCAACAUCCACCAGCGGGCCUUACCAUGGAACUCAACAUCAUUUCAACAGCGAAAUAGACAACAUCUGGAGUUCCACCGGAGCAUCAUCAUCAUCAUCCGACCCACUGUGCUGCCACGUGGUGAACGCUAGUGCAUAACAGAAUAGCACAAUAUCUAUAAUCAUACCUUAGUUACCAUAGUCAGAAAGGUUAUUAU